AUGGACGAGUCGCGACCAAUUCCACCUUUCAAAUGCGAGGCGAUUGAGAAGCAUAGGCUUUCGCGAGAAUGGGAGGUGUGGAAGGGUUCCCUAGAAUGUUAUUUUGAGGCGUACGGAGUCGAAGAUCAGCGAAUGAAGAAAGCAAAGUUAUUGCACCUCGGAGGAAUAGAUCUCCAACGCAUUUUUAAAAGUUUACCUGAUCACAAUAAAGUACCAAUGGUAACCCUAGAGCCCAAAGUUUACAAUUUGGCGAUUGAAUUGUUAGAUGGGUACUUCCAAAGCGGCAGACAAGAUAUAAUCGAGAGAAGAAAUUUGAGGAAACUCAAGCAAGAGCAAGGUGAAAAGUUUUCCCAUUUUAUGAUGCGUCUACGUCAACAAGCAAUAAAUUGUGGAUUCGAAAAGCACUCGGUAGAAGUCAGCGAGAUUUUGAAGGAGAUUUAUCUCAUCGAUGUUGUGGUUGAAAAUUGCUAUUCAGAUGCACUGAAAAAAAGUAUUUUGAAACGAGACAGAUCAUUGAGAGAGAUUGAAGAGCUUGCCGCUACAAUCGAGGCUACAGAACAACAGUUAAAAGAUUUAAAGGAUACUACCGAUUCUGUGCGCGACAAAGCAGUCUACGAUGUUAGAUAUACCAGGAGAAGCCAGGCGGCAAACCCUGUUCCUGUGUACAAUCCGUACAGAUUUGACCAAAGACGACCAGCUCUUAGCAAAACUGGAAAGGAUUUUCGCCCGAACACUUGUUUUUCUUGUGGUAAGGACGGGCACAUUGCAAGGUCGAUGGAUUGUCCGGCAAGAGGUCGCACAUGUCGUAGGUGCCAACAGCUGGGACAUUUUGAAGCAGUGUGUCUAAAACAAGGUUCUAAACGUAGAGGGACAAUGCCCGUAGCGUCAAAUUUGAAAAGAGCAUACAAUGUCGAACCACUAAAAGUAGAACAAAUUAAUAGUGUUCCCGAGAGGAACGUUUCAGUAGAAGACAAGGUAUAUUAUGCGUUUUAUGGAGGAAACGAUAUUAAUGUACUGCCCACUAUGAUUGGCGGCAUUAGAGUAAGUAUGCUGGUUGACUCAGGCGCGGAUGCUAAUCUCAUUACAGUGAAAACAUGGGAAGUUUUGAAGCAUGAGAAAGUAAACAUCAUUAGCUCAACUAAAGGUUCAGCCAAAAUCCUGAAAGGAUAUGGAAGCGACAAAGCUUUGAAAAUUGUUGGAACUUUUCAAGCGGAAAUUGCCAUCGGAAAGAGACAAGUGAUUGCAGAAUUUUUUGUAGUCGAUGGUGGACAGAAAGACCUGUUGGGAGACUUCACUGCAAAACAGCUUGGUGUAUUGAAGAUCGGUAUAGAAGUUAAUAAAGUUGUUGACAAAUCACUUGCUGCAUUUAAUAAGAUAUCAGGUGUACAGGCACGCAUUCAUAUGAAUCCAGAAUAUAAACCAGUUUUUCAACCACUGCGCCGAGUGCCUAUUCCAAUGGAAGAUGCAGUUAAUAGGAAACUCGAACAACUACUGUUACGAGAUAUCAUUGAAGUAAAACAAGGACCAACUACGUGGGUGUCACCACUAGUUGUUGUUGGGAAAGCAUCCGGAGAACCUAGACUUUGUUUAGAUUUGAGACGUGUCAAUGAGGCUGUGGUACGAGAGCGUUUCCCAAUGCCCGUUGUAGAGGAAUACAUAGCUCGACUGGGCAAAGGAAAGAUUUGGAGCAAAUUAGAUAUCCGCGAAGCAUUUCAUCAGGUCGAGUUAGCACCGGAAUCGAGAGAUAUUACGACGUUCAUAACAAGUCGUGGUCUUUUUCGUUUCAAACGACUGCCAUUUGGGUUAGUGACGGCUCCUGAGAUCUUCCAGCGGAUAAUGGAAGAAUUACUAUCAGGAUGCGAGGGAACUUUUUAUUAUUUAGAUGAUAUUAUCGUGGAGGGUGAAACGAAGGAUAUUCAUGAUGAAAAUCUGAAAAAGGUAAAAUAA